AGCAAGAGCUUGAUUCGAAAGAUGCUAUCAUACUGCAUCAGUUUUCACGGCCUACCAACGGCGUUCCCAGCCUGUCUCCCUUCUGCCUGAAAAUGGAAACUUACUUAAGGAUGGCUGAUCUCCCCUACCAGAACUAUUUUGAUGGAAAACUUUCCCCUCAAGGCAAAAUGCCUUGGAUUGAAUACAAUCACAAGAAAGUGUCUGGCACUGAGUUCAUUAUUGACUUUUUGGAAGAGAAACUUGGAGUGAAUUUAAAUAAACACCUUGGUCCGCAUGAAAGAGCUGUUUCCAGAGCUGUGACAAAAAUGGUGGAGGAGCACUUCUACUGGACUUUAGCUUAUUGCCAGUGGGUGGAAAAUCUUCACGAGACGCAGAAGAUGGUCUCGCUGUUUGGUCCCUUCAGUGACUUGCUGAAGUGGGUCCUCUGCCACCUGACCAAAGGGAUCGUGAAGCGGGAGAUGUACGGCCACGGCAUUGGCCGCUUCUCGGAGGAGGAAAUGUACACGCUGAUGGAGAAGGACAUGCGGACCCUCGCAAGCCUCCUGGGUGACAAGAAGUACAUUAUGGGACCAAAUGUAUCCACUGUUGAUGCAACUGUCUUUGGGCAUCUGGCACAGGCGAUGUGGACACUACCAGGGACUCGACCAGAGAGACUGAUCAAAGGUGAACUGAUUAACCUUGCUAUGUAUUGUGAGAGAAUAAGGAGGAAAUUUUGGCCAGAAUGGCACCAUGAUGAUGAUAACACUCUGUAUGAAUCUGAGGAGAGCAGCGAGGCGAGCAAGACCUACUCCCCUUUGCAGGACUUCAGUUUUUAUUCAAGGACAGAAACGUUUGAUGAGGAAGGGAACAGUAUUUCUCAAACCCCUGACACAGAUUACACGGGACACUCCCUCUUUGACUCAGAUGUGGACAUGGAUGACUACAGAGAUCAUGAACAAUGCAAGUGAUGUGUACAAGCAUCUCCCAUUUUGCAGACAAGCUGUUUCUUGGGAUCAGUGUGAUUUAUUUUCUCCUCCAGGUCAGGAAGAGGUUUAUACCACUUUGGAGGAGACCAUUGUGCUUGACUCAGCUGUCACGUGCUACCCAGACUAUUUCAACUUUAAUUCAUUUUGUGUAACUGUUCAGGUGGAACCACGGUAAACAGUUAUUUAAAACACACACGGGCAAACUGGAGGUCCAGAAGGCAACAGGACCUUUCAAUCUACAUUUUUGUUUGCUUUCGAAACCAGAUCCCACAACCAGGUGGGACAGACCCCCGGGAAGUGGAGCAUUUGUCAGAGCUGGUUUGUGUUGAUAUCUUAUCUUUACAGGAAUGGGUUGAGGAAAAAAAUGGAACUGGCACGACUGGCAUACCUUUCUCCCAAGGAAGAAAAUGAUUGAUGCUGUAUUGAUUUGGCAGAUUUUCGGGGGGAUUUUAUUUGAUAGCUGCCCGCGCUCUGGGUGCAUGUGCUACAGUGUCUGCAGGAAGGAACUGCUCCCAGUUCUUUUCGGAGACAGUCAAGGAAGGCAGGAGGGAAAAAAUAUUCCUACAAAAAGGAGCAUUUUAGUGUUUCUUGUUCUUUGUAAAAGGUGGAAAUCGCUACUCUAGAAUAUUUUUAUUCAGAAGGGAAAUACGAGUUUUAAUGAAUAACCUUCCAAACACUCAACUGGAAUGUGUGUUGGCCAAAUUUCUUCUGUGUUUUCGAAUUAGUAUCAUGUUCUUACUUCCUGCUGCUGGCUGUUGUCUGCUAUUGCUAGGCAAGGCUAAAGAAUUGGGGUUUGUUACUGAAAGUCUGGUGCAUCUCAGCAGCGGGUGCUUUGUGCUCUUUACUGACAGACACAUCAAACCCAUGGAGCUUGCGAAGCGAUUUGGGGUGUUUCUAGGCGUGGGGUCCUGUGGAAAUGCAAGAUGUUGGCCCAGGCAGUCAAAGGCUUUAAGAUGCUUCAGUGGGUGCUGGGCACAGUGCUGGCUGAUGGGGCACAGUCCCUGAUGCCGGUGCUCGGGGAGGGAGUUGGGAUAGAUGUCUGUGUCAGCUGCUAUCUGUGGGGAUCUCCAGGUGCUGAAAGAGUGACCAGAAUUGAUUUUUAAGGCGCCUUUUCUAGCACGUCUGUGAUCCUGGAACCCCAAAUCCACGGUGAUCACGCAGGUGCUGACAUGCUUUGUGUUUAUGUCUCCCUAAAUGCAGGUUAGAGGUGAGAAUGAAUCUGUGGGAUUUACUCACCAGUUUGAAGGUGAGCGUGUACACCAGUGUUGCAUGGCCAUGACUAGUUGGUUGUAAGUAGAGAUAAAGCAUAUAGAACACAUAGGCAGCUGUGGUAUUUGUAAACGUGCAUCUAAAACUGGAUAUUUACUCGUAGACGUUGGUAAUGGCCUGUUUAAAAAUAUUGUAAUUAUGACUUUUCUCAGUGAGUUAGGGUUAAAUGAAUCGGGAUCUCGCAGCAAAAUUUUUAUACUGUGUUGUUGUGCCAUAUGUCUGGGGCAGGCAGGACAGACAACUGCCUUAGGGUGUCAACUGUUGGAAGCCCUAACUGUUGGAAACCCUAAUAACUUGAAAUAAUUGGAGCUUUCAAAGAAUACCUCUCAUUCUUAGAUCAUGGAGUGCCUCCUGCAGAGGAAAGCGCUUGCUCUGGGGAAACACCAAGCUAGCCAUGGCUCUGAAAGAAGGGUGACACAUGUCUGCCAUGACUUCCCAGGUCUCUUCAUGCAUGGGAGCCACCACAACGAGCGCUGACAAGUUUGGUGUGGUCUGAGGUGGGUGUGAAUUUGCACCUGUGUCCUCAAUUCCCCGAGCAUGUCCUUGGAGCCACGUUCCAGCCAAUGAUCUCUGUUGUUGUGGGCAACUGUCAUUUGUGAAGUUAACCAAAACUGAGGAGGAGGAAGGUAUCAUCCACUUCUCAGGAAACUAAGCACAGGUAUAGGCACAAGAAGAUAGGUCUUGGGCUUGAAAGCACAGAGGAGAUGGCCUUAAAUGCCCAUGAAAUUUCAUAGCCAAGUCAGGCCAGAUGUUACCUGCAAAGAUGGAGGUAUUGGCUUUCUGGAUAAAAGGCAUUCAUGUCAAAAAGCUCUACUUUCAAAACAUUUGUGUGUUGGGAAUUCUGAUGUUCUCAUUUAAUUACCUGUGUGUGUUUGAAGGCUGUGCUUUCUCCAUCUUUUCAGCGUUGGGGGUGUGUGCUUGCAGGUAUGGAGGCUCCUGCUGACAGCAGAUGAGUCCCAGCCAUGACUCCCAGUUGUCAAAAGACCAGCCUGAGUUCAGGAGACCCUGUCACCUUGAUAAUACCACAGCAUGGGUACCUGCUGAGGAUGUAGGUGCCUGGCGGGACCAGGGUUACAUUCGCACCCAGCGUUUUUUGCUUUUAUUUUAAAUAAAUUGGUGUGCCUCGGUGGAGGCUGAACCUCACCCUGACCAGCCUCAGUGGAGGCUGAACCUCACCCUGACCACCCUCCCCAGCCCCUGGGGAGGGUGAAGAGGAAAGGAUGGGAAGGGGUUGCAGAAGGGGAAGCAGCUUUUUGCUGUCAGCUAAAUGAGGUUUUCCAGGGUGUUAAUCAGCAAGGUGAAUGUAUCUUGCAGCUCAUCACACACCAGCCUGUUCUGAGGGAGUGCUCAGGUUUGGAGAAGCUGGUUGGGAGAAGUUAGUUGGCUUUCUCCUCACGACAGCUACUCUCAGUAAAGUCUGCGUGUGUGUGUUUGGCUGUGUUUCAAACUAGAGGUGAAAUAAGGAAACGGCAUCUCCUUAGGAAUUUAUAGGUGUAGUCCAGGUUUGACAGGCAGUCCAUGGGUUUAUUUAUCCAUUCUGGAAACAAAUACUGACUGUUAGUCCUGUUUAAAAGGAUUUAAUCCAAACUUUUUUUUUUUUUGGAAGCUGAUACUGGUAAAGUGUUUGCGGGGGAAAAAAAUGUUUUAAAAAAAUAGCUUUUUUUAACAUCUGUGAAAAAGUGUUAAUUCAUUUUGGUUUGCAUGGGGAAAGAAAAGAUGUGUUUUCUCCCCCCCCAAAAAACACCACCAAAAAAACAAAACAGAUUUUUUGACUUUCCAAAAUUCUGCUAGAAGAGCAAUAUUUUCUUAGUCCUGCAGUGUCCCCCCCCCUUUUCUGUCAUCUCUGUUUUUUACUUUGGUGCUGAGGGGCCAUACAGAACUAAAAAUAGUUGGAGAGCAUAUUUAUUUCCUCUUGGGUUUUUUUUUUUUUUU